CUUGCGCAGGAAUGUCCGUCCCACCCGUGCCGACGAGCUCAGUGCCUCCACCACCGGAGGCGAAGGCCCCAGCGUCGCAGCAGCCCGCGGCGACGGCGCCGUCUCCGGAGAUGGAGCAGACCCUCGCGUCCUUGACGUCGCACCGGUCGGUGCUCGGCUACAUGCUCCUCUCCCGCGGCCACCCCGUCACCAUCAUCCGGCACUCCGGCGUCGUCUUCGAGGGGGAGCAGGGCAAGAAGUACGCGCACAUGAUAGGCCGCGUCGUGGACAGCGUGCAGGGCGGGCUGGAGGAGGUCAGCGGCGACUCUGGCGACACCGACGAAGUACGCUUCAUGCGCAUCCGAACAAAGCGCCACGAGCUGAUGAUUUCACCCGACGGACGGUUUCUCCUGGCAGUGCUGCACGACCCGACGUCCUGAAGUGCCAAGUGCAUCCCGUCUCCAUCGUGCAUCGAUCGUCCGUCACGCGUUUUCGUUCUAUACCCAUGGACAUCGUGUACAGUACAGCUCGCACACCAGCAUCUGCGAUCCCCAAUAGC